AUGACGCAACAGACACCUGUGAGAAAGGUUUGUGUCUUUUGUGGAUCCUCGUUUGGUGAUGAUCCUUGCUUUGCCAAAGAGGCAUCGGAGCUUGGUUCCUUAUUAGCAGAAGAAAACAAUGGAUUAGUUUAUGGAGGAGGAACAACCGGUCUUAUGGGAUGUGUGGCUAAGGCUGUGGCUGAUGCAGGGCAAUACGUUCAUGGAAUAAUACCAGAGGCGUUGGUGUCAAAAGAGAGAAAGAAGCCUGGAGAUAUCGAAAAGAUUAACGAUGAGCUUAAGGACUCUGUUGAAAAUCAUGACGGUACAACUCCUUUAGAUGAUAGUUACGGUGUCACAACGGUUGUUACAGAUAUGCAUACCAGGAAAGAACUGAUGGCCCAGGAAGCUGAUUGCUUUGUUGCCUUACCUGGUGGCUUUGGCACACUUGAAGAGUUAAUGGAGAUUACAACCGGGUCACAGUUGGGCAUCCAUGCCAAGCCCAUCGUUUUACUGAAUAUCAACCACUUUUACGAUGAGUUUAUAGAAUUUGUCAGAGGAUGUAUCAAGAGAGGUUUUAUAUCCAAGGAAAAUGGUGAAAUUGUAUCAAUUGCCACCUCACCAAUGGAAGUGAUUGAAUGUUUAAAUAACUACAAAGCCCCUAAUGGAAGGUUCCAUUUGGAUUGGAGUAAUAAAUAA